UUACCCAGCACUAUUUGGAAUAAAUGAAAAAUAAAGAUUUAUAUUUACAAUGAGCGCCGGGAAAGAGUCAAAAGCCUUGAUCAAGGACAUCCGGGAGACCAUUAAGCUGGGCAAGCAUGCGGAGGCCAUACCCAAGUGCCAACGCCUGCUGAAAUCGGAGCCCAAAAAUGCCAUGGGCUACUUGUUGCUCGGCGCAGCCUACCAGAACAUCGACAAGGCGGAGGCGGCCAAGAACCUAAGGCAGUGCAUCAAUUUUACGGAGGGACCGGCAACCGUCGCGCUCCUCGGACUCGCCAACUGCGCGCCCAGCAACGAACUGCCUGAAAUCUAUGAUCAGUUGGCUGACCUGCAACCAGAACAAUCCUUGGACUGGUUGGAAAAGCUUUUUAACUUGGCCUCGGACCCAAAUGUGGCUCCUUUCUGCUUCACAGUACUAAAAACUAGAGUAAAGGACCCAGAUAAUAGAAAUUUUAUUAAAAUUCAGGAGUAUCUGGGACGCAUUUGGAUUUCAAACGACUUCGAAAUUGUACCUGAAGAUACACAGCUUUACAAAACGACUAUGGACGCUCUACUGCAGACCUCGGAACCAAGUGCAAAGAGUGUGGUUUACAAGCGCUACUUAAAGUGGCUUUACAAGAACCAGGAUUAUGAGACAUGUGUGCGACACGCCUGCAACAUGACCGAGUCGCAUCCCAAGGAUGUAUAUGGCUUCGAGUGGAUAUGCAAGACCUACUGCGAACACCACGAGCAAUCCGAAAUAGUUUUUUGGCAACAGGAGCUGAGGCAGCCCAUUCAACAGUACGCUGAGCAGCUUCUGGAGCUAAAUCCUAACUCUAACUUGGCUUUGUUGGUUAAAGCCCUGGAACUCUUUGCUGAGGGGCAGCUCGUCGCAUCCAGACAGUUGGCAUUGCAGGCGCAGAAAAGUCAACCUGCGUACAAAGGAACGCUGGAAUUGCUGGCGCGUAUCCACAUGGAGCUGGGCGCUUACAAGUUGGCCCUUCAGCUAUGGCAGGAGAUUGGUCAGAAAAACGACGCUUAUGCUCUGUGUCUAUCGCACGAAAACUGUGUAUCAAAACUAAAAGAAGCUGUAACGAUUUUAAAAACGCUUGAGAACUCCGAGGGCAAUAUUAAGUCUUUGGCUCGCUGCUUCUUCAAGCUGGGUGAACUGCAGCUGCUGCAAGAUUUGCCUUUGGAUGAUCUGUCCAAAGCAGAAUUUGUUUUAUCCCCAUCUGAAGCUCUUCAAGAAAUUGGUAACUGUGAGACUUUUGAGGCACAUCUACUUCGGUGCAAGCUGCAUAUGGCGCUGAAAAACUAUUCCGACGCCCUAAACUCUGUAUUGAAGGCAACUCGACUGCGACCGCACUUUGCCGAGUGCUUCGACUAUCUGGGCAGGCUGUACCCGCUGGCCACUGGGGACUUCUCACGAGCCCGUAAGUGCUACGAGAAGUGUGUAAGCCUUAAUCCCCUAGCUGAGGAAGCUGUCGAUGCUUUGAGCUAUAUCUACCAGGAACUGGGCGAGGAGGAACUGAACGAGACACUGCUGCUGAACACAGUGAGCCAUUUGGCCAGCGAUGAAUCAAUCCGAUUGCAGUACAAGCUUGGUUUGCAUUUCUUGAAUGUGAAGAAGUGGGACAACGCGAUCCAAUGCUUUCGCAUUGCCAUUAAGAAUGACUCCCGUUGCAUUAUCUACUGGGAGUCAUUGGGUGAUGCUUAUGCAGCACGCGGUUCCUACAACUCGGCCAUUCGAGUCUUUCAAAAGAUCCUUGAACUAUCACCGGAGAAUGAUUACGCUCUGCUUCAGAUAGCCUUAGUGAAAACGACAAUACACAUGUACACUGAAUCUAUUGAAGAUUUCGAUACGCUGCUAAAUCGGAAUCCUAGUUACCUGCCCGGACUUCGAGGUGCUGCUGAGGCGCAUAUUGGCAUUGCAAAUAGUUUGAAGAGCCAGAACUUGUACGGAAGAUCUAAAGAGCAUUUCCAAUUGGCUGUGGGACACCUUCAAAGCGCCUUUCUCCAGCGGGAAGCUCAAGGCAUGGUUUGGCUAUGGCGCCUCUCAGCCAGUAUUUUUGUUCAGACAGCCCAGUUGCCACACUCGUUGGCCAACUUGGAUGUGGCUGGAAACCUAGCUAAACGCGAAGAACCCAUUGCGUAUCUGUCACGCAAGGAUCUUCUACUGCUAGCUCAGCGCUUCUACUUAUGCGCCUUAAAACUAAAACAGAAUACAUACCUGUGGUACGAGCUGUCGUUGGCCAGCUACUACAGUGCUAUUCUUAUCCCCGAAAAUGCAAAAAGCCACUUAGAGACAGCGACUAAGGCGUGUAAAAUGGCCAUUAAAGAGCGUGGCAAUCGAUGGCAAAAUUGGAAUCUUCUCGGAGUGAUCAAUAUGCACUCCGAAUAUGAAAACUUGUCAUUGGCACAGCACUGUUUUAUUCAAGCUGUGGAGCUCGAAAGAAAGUGCUACACAGCGUGGACCAAUCUCGGAGUGCUCUAUAUUAAACUAAAUGAAGUCCGAUUGGCCAACGAGGCCUUUACGAGAGCCCAACAAUCAAGUCCCAUGUACACCAACGCUUGGAUUGGUCAAGCAAUGGUGGCGGAGUCGAUUGGUGAUCGCGAGGAAGCCUUUGACCUGUUUCGUCACUGCCAGCAGUUCGAUUACCAUCCGGAGGCGGCGCUGGGUUUCGCGCACUGGGUGUGCGAAAUGCUGUCGGAUCCUGGAUCUCGGGACAAGCCGCACAUUAAGCAUGCCAUCAGGCACAUGUACGCUGAUGUGUAUGCACUGGAUGCCAUUAAUUUGUACGUGCAAAAUGAGGAGACGGAUGCAAAUACAGCAUCGCUUUCGUUCCAGGGAUUCCUCUACGCCCGAAAGAAACUAUAUCAACAGGCAAUCAAAGCUUUCACUCGGGCGUGUAAGUUGUGCGAACCUGGAGUGGAUCGUGACAAGCUGUACACAAAUCUGGGAUACCUGUACUUGAAAAUAGACCAGCCUGAGCAGGCGGCUCACGCCCUAAACACGGUUGCUCAUGCCACAUUUAAGCCGAUCAUAGGCCUGGCCCUGGCAUAUUACCGAUCCGGUCAUCUGCAGGAAUCCUACUCUAUAUACAACUCCGUUCUCAGCAACGCGGUGGGCCAUGACGAUGACAAAGCAGCCACUAUCCUAGUGGCUAUGGCCUCCAUGAUCUACGCCUUUCAGGGCGAAGCAGACACCAAAACCCUACUUUAUCAGUGUGUCUUGUUGAAGGAAGUCCCCAUUCAGGCGUUGUACUCAGCCCUUGCCCUAGGCAUACUUCAUAGAGAUAAUGAGUCGACCCUAACGAUACUGACGGAGCUGAAAGCGUAUGCUUUUAAGGAGGAAUAUUGUGCCGAUAUAUCCUAUUUAACGGCUUACUACAUACUUAUAAAUGAGGGUGCCCGAAAAGCGUUGUGUUAUCUACAGACUCGUAUCCGAAUGUUUCCCCAUUCCAGAAGUCUUCGAAAUGUAUUUCUUAAGUUUCUUCUGGAUUAUUUCUUUGAUGACAAAUUCUACCGACUGGCUACUUCAAAUAUGGGUCUAAUAGCUCUUACACUUGGACAUACUACUCAACAAAAUUGCAUCUUGGCCAGCGAAGAGACCCUGACUACUAUAUAUGCCAGUCAGGCGGUUAGUCCAGUAGACACGACCUUAUCCAUGAAGUUGUUGCAACGCGCUAUACGGCUGAACCCAACUGACCAGCGAGCCAGACAAUUACUUUCCGACAGGAUUGCCAAUUCAUGAUACUGUUCAACUAAAUAAACGAUCUUUAAAAUGUA